CAGACGCCAUUUAUAUCACAUACAUGCAAAUUGGGAAAGCCCAUUAGAUGCCUUAAUGAGAGAUCCAAUCAACACGAGUGACGUCAUCCGUCCCGUCCUAUCACAGCCCGUAAACUGAAUUCCCCCCCGCCCCCUUCCAAUCAAGAGGCAUGACGUCACGCGUUCUGUUGCUAUAGCUGCAGAGCCGUGCGCCGCGUCAGGUGAGUCAGCAGUGGCGUUUGUGGUGACGAUGUUAGCCGGGGUGGAGCGUAAGCAGCGCGUCCACAGGAAGAUGGCGCUCCCCGCGGGUCCGGACCGGCGGCAGCUCAAGUCUGACAGCGACGACCAGCUGCACCUGAACCAUCACCAGACCGAGAUAACCGAGCUGGAGCUGCCGCGGGACGCGGAUAGUGAGGGCAUCCCGCUAAACUCUCCCUGGACCUUCUGGCUGGACAGGUCUCUCCCUGGAACAACUGCAGCAGAAUGUGAAUCCAACUUGAAGAAAAUUUACACAGUACAAACGAUACAGAGUUUCUGGAGUGUGUAUAACAAUAUCCCUCCUGUGACAAACCUACCUCUAAGAUGUAGCUACCACUUAAUGAGGGGCGAGAGGAAGCCGCUAUGGGAAGAAGAAAGUAAUGCUAAAGGAGGCGUAUGGAAGAUGAAGGUCCCGAAAGAAAGCACGGCCGUCGUGUGGAAAGAACUAUUGCUAGCUACUAUUGGUGAACAGUUUACAGAUCAUUGUGCCACAGACGAUGAAGUAAUUGGUGUUAGUGUGAGUGUACGUGACCGUGAAGAUGUUGUCCAGGUCUGGAAUGGAAAUGCCACAGUGGUUGGUGAAGCAACAGUUCUACAAAAAAUCUAUGAGCUUCUGCCAAACACGUCUUUUAAAGCUGUAUUUUAUAAGCCCCAUGAAGAGCAUCAUGCAUUUGAAGGGGGACGUUCGAGACACUAGUGAGGAUCUCAAAGGAUCCUUUUGUAAACCCUUAAACUUCCGGAUGGGUCUUGUCUUAUGCAGUUUUGCUGGGCCCCACCAAUGCCACAGUGAACGUUAAUAUCUGAACAGGAGGAAGGCCAGGCACAGGAUUUUAUUUCUUGGGUUUUUGUUUCGUUUUCUGCUGAACUACACUGGUCUUUUUUGUUAAGAUAUCUUUUUAUUAGAGCUUCAAAAUUGAAAACAUAGAACACAAAUUUUUUUUUUUUCUUCCCAUUUUAUGCGCGUUGAAACUGUAAUGAUGGCUUUGCUGCUCAAAGAUCAAACAUGGCUGCCCUAUGCUAAACUGUUAGUCUGUCCAGAAGCAGAGGUGUUAAGCGACUCAGGGUGAAGUUUGUGUAGCUAUCUGUCCUCAGUGGCUGCUCUGGAUUUUAUUUUCCUUUUUAACCCCCUGUGAUGUCUGAACCAUCAUGGCUACAUUCUAUAGAGCACUAGUUAUCUGGUCGCUCUGCACUGUUUUAUUGAUGACUGACCCCUUCCCACGUGGAAUUUUGGUUGCAGUAAUAUGCUAAACUAGCAGAUCAUGAUAAUGAAGAUGUCAGUAUCCCUGAAUGUCAUAAAUCACAUAUGCAAUUAUUACUCCCCUCCCUGUAUAAUUUUUAUUUUUAGCACAUUCCUAUCAAGCACAAAUGUACUUUGAGUCCACAGAUAGGUCACUGGUCAGUGCAGGGACUGGAAUAUAGAAUAUCCCUUGUUCAUAAAUAGCUGGAAUCUAUGGCUGCAUCUUCAGUCUCUUAAAGGGGUACUCCGCCCCUAGACAUCUUAUCCCCUAUCCAAGGAUAGGGGAUAAGAUGUCUGAUCACAGGGGUCUGCUGUUUGGGACCCCUGCGAUCUCUCCUGCAGCACCCCAAGUAAUCAGCUCACCAGAGCUAAGUUUGCUCCAUGGCUGACUUGGGAUACAGAUACCAGAGGUUUGUGAUGUCAUGGUGUGAAUGUUACCACGCCCCCUCCCAUAGGCUUGCAUUAAGGGGGCGGGAUUAAGCAUCACUAGGGGGUGGAGCCAUGACAUCACGAACCGCUGACCCCUGUCAUCAGCCAUGGAGCAAACUUGGCUCCGGAGAGCUGAGGACUCGGGGGCUGCAGGAGAGAUAGUGGGGGUCCCCAGCAGCAGGACCCCUGCAAUCAGACAUCUUAUCCCCUAAGAUGCCUAGGGGCAGAGUACCCCUUUAAGCCACCCAUGUAUUGGAAAGGGAUGUCUGAAUCUGCUCUCUGUGUUGUGUGGGUGUUUAAUUUUUUUUUAUUUUUUAGUGCCCCCAUAUUUUUAGAGGCUUAGUUGUAUGUGAGUAGAUUUAGUCUUUCAAAAGUCCUUUCGUCACACCCCCCCCCCC